UCCUGGGUAGUAGUGUCAAAGCGGCGGGAGAGAGGGAUUAUCUGGCUUUAUAUGUCAUCAAAGCUACUAAUAUUAUUAAAAUAAAGCAGUGAUUAACGUGUAAUUCACCGUCUAAAUAAGUGUAGGGUGAGUUUAGGUAGAAGUGUUUGGUGGGCAGAACUGUGGACAUUUGCCGUGUGUGCUGUAACGUAGCUUUUAAAGCAUUCCCCGGGAAACUGGUUUGAACGUUUGUUUUUGGUCAGUUAGCACCAGUUAGCGGCAAUGGCGAAGGUACAGGUGCUAAAUGUGGCGGUCUUAGACAACCCGAGCCCCUUUAGAAACCCGUUCCAGUUUGAAAUAACCUUUGAGUGCAUGGAGGAUCUCCCUGAAGACUUGGAGUGGAAGAUCAUCUAUGUUGGCUCGGCAGAGAGUGAAGAGUAUGACCAGAUCCUUGACUCUGUGUUGGUGGGCCCAGUACCAGCUGGGAGACAUAUGUUUGUGUUUCAGGCUGAUGCCCCAAACACUGGACUAAUUCCUGAAAGUGAUGCUGUUGGUGUGACUGUGGUACUGAUCACCUGCACAUACCGUGGCCAGGAGUUCAUUCGCAUCGGUUACUAUGUGAACAAUGAAUACACAGACCCUGAGCUUCGUGAAAAUCCACCCAUCAAGCCAAACUACACACAGCUUCAGAGAAAUAUCCUGGCUUCAAACCCACGUGUUACCAGAUUCCAUAUAAACUGGGAAGGCUGCGCAGAGCGACUUGAAGACUCCGAAAAUGUGGAUCCCUCGUCAAACUCCAUGCUCCCUCCAUCCUGUCUCCCAGGCAAGGCCCCACCGUUGGGUAUACUACCAGAUAACUCAAUGGACUGCUUGUAGAGAUGACACCUUCCUGAAAGGUGAUAACUGAGAGCAGGAGACCUACUUUUUAAGAAUGCCUGUGGACGUUACAGUGUGGAUGUACAGACGUCUUUGCCUUACAGCUGCUCUUAUUUCAUUAAGAGUUGUUGUCAAUAACAAACUCUCAACUUGGACUACAGUUUUCCAAGGAAGAUUCUGAACAUCUCACUGAAAAAAUUGUCCCUGAUAGCUGGGGAAGUGUGUUGCCGCGAUACUGAAAGCAAUACUGAAGUAGUUAAAUGGAAGGCAAAAACUAUAAUCGAAGCAAGAAGAACUGAAACAUAACAAAGAGCUGUUGUGUUGUUCACCUUCCUUUAUUCCUUUUGUUGUGCAAAAGGGAUUUGUAACCAUUAAGGGGAUUUCAGCACUGAAGCAAUAGGCAAAGAAUUUACAAUAUUUUGCUGUCCAGGAAUUUGAUAAUCUACCAGUUUUAUUUGUGUUCAAAUUCCUUUUGCACUUAAACAUUUUUCAAGUAGAUUGUGUUUUGGGUGGGCUUUGUACGGGCUUUAUCACAUUCAUUGUUUGUUUGUUUUUUUCUUUUUGCAAUGUUGUGUUCCAAAUAAACUAACAUUGUUUUUGUUA